AUGUCCUCAACACAACCAACAUUCGGCACCGUUCUCGUGGCCGCAGGAACAGGCACACGAGCAGGAAACGCCAAAUGUUCCAGAGUGUACAGGGAACUUGCGGGGCAGACAGUGAUUUCCCGUGUUGUGCGAGCCUUUCGAGCCUGGGAUCCUCGCCACCCCAUUGUAAUUGUGCGGCAUCAGAAUGAUGCAGCACUCCUUGCGCAUGCAAUUCAGGGAUCCGGUGCACAGAUAUACGAGACAGUCGGCGGGGACACCAGACAGGCAUCUGUCCUUGAGGGGUUACGACUUUUGUCGUCAUUGGAACAACCCCCGUCGCACGUCCUGAUCCACGAUGCGGCGCGACCAUUUAUAUCGUCGUCCUUGUUAAAUAAAAUCCGAGAUGGGAUGCGUGAAGAACCUAAUAUCGGAAUAAUCCUGGCGAUUCCAGUUUCCGACACACUUAAAUCUGUUGAUGAAAGUGGCUUGAUCUCCCGGACAGUAUCGCGAAGAGGCCUGUACCGUGCGCAAACGCCACAGGCAUUUUCGCUAAGCAAUGCAUUCAGAGUUCACGAGCAGGUGGCCAGUGAUACAAACGCCGAGUACACAGACGAUGCCUCUCUCUUUGAGGGGGCAGGCUUACCCGUCCGUGUCAUACAAGGAGAAGAGAACAACAUGAAACUCACGUAUGCGACGGAUUUUGAACAGGCAGAGCGAAUCCUUCAAGCAACGCCUCGAUUACCCGAAACUACUAUCCCCGACGUUCGCGUUGGGCAUGGAUACGAUACCCAUCGACUGAUAGCUGCCACAGAGAUCACCCUCUGCGGUGUCAAACUUCCCCAUUCUUCGGGAUUGCUGGGCCACUCGGACGCUGAUGUGGGCCUUCACGCUCUGACCAAUGCGUUGCUGGGAACGAUUGGAGCGGAUGAUAUAGGAAGCCAUUUUUCACCAUCUGAUCCCAAAUGGAAAGGUGCUUCGUCAGAUCAGUUUGUUCGACAUGCGAGGAGACUUGUCAGUGAUGCCGGUGGCGUCAUCACCCACGCGGAUGUGACAUUAAUAUGUGAGCGGCCUAAGAUUGGUCCACAUCGGGAUGCACUCAAAACGUCCGUUGCUCGUAUACUCUCCUUGGAUAAAUCGCGAGUAUCCAUUAAGGCUGGGACGAAUGAGAAGGUGGGCUUUGUGGGAAGGGAAGAGGGAAUCGUCGGGUUUGCAACGGUAACGGCGGUGUUUCCUGGCAACGUCUUGCAGGCUGCAGUAGAUUGUGAUUAG